CAUUCUAUGCACUUCCUUGUUGGUGUAAAAAUGGCAUCCAAGGUGCAAUGAGAGCGGGGACGGCGAUUCUCUAGGAUUGAUAUGAAAUCAGGGACGAGGUAGUUGUAAGAUUUGUGGUGCAUAUUGUUCUGUGCUGGCAGUCGAUAUGCAAUACAUUGACUUGGUCAGCUUUGUCACAGUAGGGGAAGUGGGGAAAUACGCUUGAUUAGCAAUCGGCUGAAUCCCAAAGGCGUGUAGGAAUUGCUGUUAGCAAGCUAAGCGAGGCAGCGCACAGUGACUGCUUAGCUAAUGAAUUCAGCGGUUGCAAUUCAUUUGUAUCGAUCUGCCUGAUAUAUUGUCAAACAUGGCCAUUACCCAAUUCCGCCUUUUCAAGAUAUGCACAUGCCUAGCUACAAUACUCUCCUUCUUCAAAAGACUAAUAUGCAGGACUGGGAGGUUGCGCAAGCUAAGCGGUGACCAGAUAACACUUCCAACCACUGUUGACUUUUCAUCCGUGCCCAAACAGCCAGAGAUCGAGGAGUGGAGUUCGUGGGAUGAAGACGCUCCAACCAGCAUUAAAAUCGAGGGUGGCAACGGAGUGGUGCCCCCACAGCAGGAUGACGCUGAGGAAGAGGAGCCAGACUACUUCAAAGACAUGGCACCCACCAUCAGGAAAACCCAAAAGAUUGUUUUGAAGAAGAGGGAGCCGCUGAACUUCUCUGCCCCAGACAGCUCCACAGGCUUCUCCAGCAGGCUGGCCGCCACACAGGACGUGUCCUUCAUCACACCAUCGGCGGAGCUGGGAGACAUGGACGCCUGGCAGGAGGACCCUAGUGCCUGGGAAGACGAGUCUGACGCUGCCUGGGAGGCUGAAGAGGUGCUCAGACAGACGAAGUUGGCCGAUAGGGAAAAACGUUCCAUGGAGCAGCAGAGGAAGAAGAUGGAGAAGGACGCGCAGAGGAUGAUGAAGAAGGAGCAGAAGAUCGCCGUCAAGCUUUCCUAACAUUUCCUCCUUUCGUAAAUGAGCGCUGGACACUCACGGACAAAACAAAAAAAAAAAAAAAAGAAAUUUCUUUGUCGUCCGUUUGGUUAAUUGCAGUCACUUGACAUACAAAGUAAAAUCCAUCCUUGCAGAGUGUUUUUCUUUUGUUGUUUUUUUUAAUUUCCUUUUCCUUUUUUUUGAUCGUCCAUUGCUAUUUUUUAAAUAUCAUGUCAAAAAAUUCUACCCGACAUCAGUGUGAAACCACUGACUGUCUCCCUGCUCUUGCAGUUUUAUUCUAGAACCUACAGUAACAGAUGUUUUUUUCUUUCCCCUCAAGUAAAGUGUGUGUGUGUGUGUGCACGCGCAUUCGCGUGUAUGUGUGCGUGAGUACCCCAAACUACAAGUGCACCCUGGAGAGAACUUGAUGAUGCCCCGUUUCCUUAUUUACGAAAAAACUUGAAGGAUUCUCGUUGGGAUAAUAUCAAAUGGACAAACACUAAGUCUUUAUUUUUGAUCUUUUUCCCCUCUAACACUUUUACCCCUUGUGCGCACUACUCCCGAGAGUCUUGCUGUGCAUGAGACACUUGGAUGAAUCAGCUCACAGGCUUUGUGGAUUGUAUAGAUUGAAUGGAAGAAUGGAGACGUGGAGGUGAAUGGAUCUGGGUUUGGCUCUUGCCAGUACAUACUGUCAGUUCAUUUGUAGUAUUGCUGGAGAAUACAAAAUUCAUCACUGGUUGAAAUCCCCCCCCCCCCCCCCCCAACCCCCCCAAACCCCCCAAACCCCUCUCGCUGUACGCCAAUGUAAAGGUCAUCUCGUAUUCAACCCUGAUCCAUAUUGAACACUGAAUCUCGGGGGGGUGGAAGGCCAAAUGCGCUCUGCUUUGGAUAUACCGAGAAAAAAUGGACACUGCUAGGCUUGUCUCAGCAAUACGUUUUUGUUUUUAAAAUGCUAUUUAAUGUGUAUGUGUGUGUGUCGGCUGUGUUUUGAAUGAGCUCUAGAUCUAGACGUGAGAAUGCAUGAGGCUGAUGGGGGCGUGUGGGGACAGCAGCACUGCUACGUUGUCAUGGCAACAUGAGACGGGUUUUUUUUUUUUUUUUUCUUGAAUGGUUUGGCUGGUAAGUCUAUGGCCUCUCCCUCAUUGACUUAGACCCAUCUGCUAGGUGGCACCUAACGGGUAUAGGAGUGCUCCUAGUCCAAAUCCAUCCGCCCAUCUCAAGAUGUCACCCUGCAGUAUGAUAUAAAGAGGAUGGGGAAAGGCCUUAACCAGUUUCAUCUCUUAGUUAGUCAACAAUGAAUGGCUGCGGUUUGUUGGUGUAUGUAUGUAUGCUAUCAUUCACUGUAAUUCAGGGCUUUUCUGAUUGAACUAAAUUUUUGUUACAAAGGGAUGUGUUUGAUCAAGAUGUUGUUGCAAGUGAUCUCGAGUAGAGUGUGUUUUGCUUGGUCAGAACAUUGUAUGGUUCAUUUUGCGGGCGAUACAUUUCCCCGUGCAUGCAGUGAUGCUUUAGCCUGCCGACUGAAAGAAAGAGUAGCUUAAGAUGAUUGGCAGGUGACAUGCCUUUUGUAUCUUUAUUUUUUUUUCUUUGCAAACUCAUGACAGGCCAAUUUGUGAAACAAAUGUAGCAAGGUGGAGAAAGUUGCAUGACAGUUUCUCAUGACAACAGAAAUGUUUUAUUUUUUUUUUAUUACUUUUUUUAUUUUGCACAUUCCUUCGUUGUCAGUAAUAAAUGUGUGGAGCUCCACUUUGCGUUUGUGUGGCCCACUAGAUGGCAGAAGGUGCGUGCGUGCGUGCGUGUGUGUGUGUGUGUGUGUGUGUUGCACAUUCAAGAGACUGUGCCAUGUAUUAUUAAAACAACCUUGAGUUUUGAAUAUGUGACUUUAAAUUAUUCAUUUUGUAGGGUACGCCCCAAAUAUAAUAAUAGCUCUAUACUUCAACCGACAGUUUUAACCUUGUCCCAUCUCUCAUUUUUUCCUCUCAUUACAGAGCACAUCAGAUCGAUUCCUAAAUAAAGAAUAUAUCUCUCUUUGACCUGUU